UGGCCAUCAAGGUAGUUGACUUGGAUCGGGCUGGACUGGAUGCCAAGGCAUUGCGGAUGCUAUCCAGCGAGAUAGCGACACUCGAGUGUGUUCAUCAUCCCAACAUAUUGAGGCUCUUUGAGGUGGUCGAGACGCUGGGACGGGUUUAUCUGGUCACGGAAUGGAUACGCGGAGGCGAGUUAUACAACCACAUCACCCAGGGAGGUCCACUGCGUGAGAUUCAUGCGGCGCCGCUCUUCAAGCAGCUGCUGCUCGCUGUCAAGCACAUGCACAGUCUCGGCUACGUGCAUCGCGACAUUAAGGCGGAGAAUGUGCUUUUGCUCUCCGAGGAUCGUCUAAAGCUCGCCGACUUUGGUUUCAGCACACAGCUCAUUAAUGGUGCCAAUCAGAAGCUGGACACAUUUUGUGGCUCGCCGCCUUAUGCGGCUCCUGAGCUGUUCUCCGAUGACCACUACAUUGGAGCACCCGUGGAUGUGUGGGCGCUGGGCAUUCUGCUCUACUUCAUGGUGGUGGGCAACAUGCCAUUUCGUGCUCCGACCAUACCUGGCCUCAAGGCAGCCAUACUCAAGGGCGACUAUCUGCUGCCCGGCCAGCUCAGCUUGCCCUGCAUAAGACUAAUCCAACGCAUCUUGAUCCAUGUGCCCGCUCAACGGCCCACCAUCGAUGACAUGCUGAACAGCCAGUUUGUCACGCUGCCCAAGCUGAGCGCCGAGCUGAUGCAGUACGAGCUCAAUCUGCACACGAAGCCCGCCAAGCGAACCAUUUUCUGGGUGCGCAAGUCGCAGCGCUUGAGGAAGACUGCUUCGUUAAGGGAACGCUAUGCGGAGGUGGUGAAGAAGCCGGCGAUUAGCAUGAAUACUCGGCAACAGAACGAGAUGUUUGUGCACAGUUUUCUGCAUCCCAUCGAGGUGGGUCAACCACUCGACCAGCCGUCGGGCAACGCCAAGGAACUGGAGGCGAAUGGCGGCGACUCCGCCAAACGGUCGGGACCAGGUCGUCGUUACUUGUUCUGCGGCACGCUGAAGAAGAAGAUCACACCCAUCGAAACGGAGCCGGAGAAACAGCUGUCGAAUGGCGGACCGCCAGCAGGCAAAAUGAAUCCGUGGAGCGUCGAAGUCGCAGACGAUUGUCCGCUGUUCAAGAACUACGAUGCGGAGACGGGCAGCUGUGUCAUGUUGCCCACGAACACCGAUGAUCUCAGUCAGCUGUGUGCGCUGGAGUUUGAGGCACGUCAACUGCUCGCUGAGCUCGGCGUCAGUUCACAAAUGUUGAUCACAGCCACGCCAAGUGGUCCACGAUCCGAUAUUAUUGGCGCCUAUCGCAUUAUUGUGAAUCGACUCCAGAAGCAAUCGUGGCUGGCGCGGAAGCAUGUCGAGAUGGCGUUGCAUCUGGAGCCGAAGCAGGAGAAACGCAUCGAGCGACAAUGUUGCAUCUUGUAGAGUUUUGUUGAAUAUUUCAAGAAUGAAUUAGUGUGUCAAUUGGAUAAGAAUCGCAAGUGAAGUGAAGAAGGCAGUUCCUUAGUUCGAUGUAGUUUUCUGAGUUUUGUAAACUGUUAAUUAAUGAUUAAUUAUUAUUAUUACAUAUACAAAAAAGCGAUGGUUAUGAUGAGCUGCAAGGCAGACAAUUGCAUCCCCACAACAAUGAAAAAAUAAUUAAAUUAUAUGCCAAAAUGUAAAACUAAAACGGGGCAAUUGAAGGAAAUCUAGUGAAAUUUAUACAUGCGAUACAUACGUUACGAUUUAGUCCAAGUACGAGAGUAUUAUGUAUUUAGUUGUUGGUCCAUUUUUAAAAAGCUGAUAAAAGCAUAUAAUAAUACAAUACAAUACUUACUACAAAGAGAAAAACAAAAACAAAUGCAUGUUUCGCGUUGUCAUCUUAAAACAAACUUCCAUACGAAUAUAUAUACAUACAUAUAAAAUGGUGUUUUUAAUCAAUUAAUAAGGUAGUUUGUAUUCAGCAGCUUUAUCGCGAGCAUAACUAACUAUGUGUGUGUGUGUGGUGAGAGUUCAAUUCGUUUGUUUGUUUAUGCCAAAUUGUCUCCCAUGGAGUCCAAUCUAAACGCAGAAUAAAGCAGCAUAUGAACUAUACAUUAUCCUUAACUGUAGCGUGUAAGUGUAUGUGUGUGUGUGUGUGUGUG